AGGUAAGUUGGUCAUUAUACCACCAUGUAUGCAUUUCUUCUGCUGUUCGCUCUGAUUUUAUCUUGUCACGCCAGAUCGCUGGGAGAGGAGCAACGCAGAGAUGCAAGAGUUGAAGAUAAGGAUCGCCGUCGUGAGCAGGCUGUGGUCACGCCUCGAGAAAAAGAUGUCUCUGGUACGACACAGGAGUUGGAGCCCUGGGAAAAACCUGAAAUACCCGCUGCAGCCUUGGAAGGUUCGCACAAUCCUGCAGAUAAGAGAAUAUCAGCCAAAGUUUCUCUUAAGCGAGAGGAUAAGCAGGAAAAGGCUGGUCUUUGGAACGCCAUCAAAAAAGCAGCAUCAUUUGUUGCCAAAUCAGCGAAAGAGGGCCUUGCUAAAUUGAACAGGCAAAUCUCCCGAUUCCUUGGAAGCGGUAAAACAGUGGCAGUAACCAUAACUACUCCUGCACAUGCGAUUAAACGCAAGAGCAUUGAUGAAAAGGGAGAAGAGAACACACCGGAGAUUGGACACGAAAAUGGAAACGAUGAAAUUCCUAUGAGAUCCAAAAGACAGCAGAAAAUUAGAUUAAACUUUCAAGUAGUUCCGCCAUGAUGGCAUUCGACUUUCCGCCGAUAAAUUUUUCAUGUGACUUUGUCUGUAUAGCUCUUAUAUUAUAGAGUUCAAUAAAUCGGCG